GGGACGGGAAUCCUACGAGAUAUAAGAGAUUUCCCAUCCCCGUUCCUCUAACCAACAUCUCCCUUCCUUGUACCCAAUGUUCAGUCUUUCUCGUUUCCGUUCCUUUCUAUUCGCUUGGGGUUUCCGCCGCUAGGGCUCGGCCGUCCAUUCUUUUUUCCUGCUUGAAUCGGUGUAGAUCACGGUCUUUACAAGAACUCGUAUAUCGUCGCUUUCUCUCUCGUACUAUCUCUCUCUCUCUCAACAUGCUGUUCAACCGAAAAGAUGCCCUGGUGGCUCUCUUCCUCCUCGCUGAGGGAGCCGCAGCCAGGGGACUCCACCGAGACUACGCGGUCCUGAACUCGACCCUCGCCGCCACGACCUCGACCGCGAUCGCCUCCACGCCGGCCGAAGUCGGGGGUUACCCGACGCUGCCUGCCGAGGAGGCCUCGACAUCCCUCUCCAUCACCUCCCUGAACCAAACGGCCUCCGCCACAGCUUCUGCCUCUGCCUCGGCGUCUGUAUCUGUCUCCGAGUCUGUCUCCGAGUCUACCGUAUCGAACUCUGCCUUGAGUUCUGAGUCUGCUACUGCGUCCGCGUCUGCGUCCGCAUCUGUCUCGGCAUCUGUCUCGGCAUCCGUUUCCGAGUCUGCGUCUGCGUCCGUCUCCGCGCCGAUCUCCGAGUCUGCGUCCGUCUCUGCACCCGCCUCGGCGUCCAGCACAACAUCCCCGAUUGUCUUUAACAGCACUUCGACCGUCUUCAUCACCGUCUCGAGCCCCACCCCCGUCGCUUCCUUCACGAACGCCACUUCUGCUAUCGCGUCCACUACUACGCAGGCGCCGUUUUCCAACACGACCACUACCAGGGCUCCUGAUGCCACCGCCGGCCUGACGACCCUGACGGUUAGCGUGACCUCUAUCGAGACCGUCAUAUCCUGUGCGGCCAGUAUCACAAGCUGCCCGGGCGCUAGCGAGACGAACGUGCUCACUUCGCUGCCGUCAGACGCCGUGUCGACGAUCCUUAUCACGAGCGUCAUCGAUCUCACCACCACUGUCUGUCCCGUCACCGAGGCCUCGUCCAUCUCGUCGUCGAUCUUGGAUUCUUUCACCUCAGAGAAUCCUGUCCCUACUGCCACUUCGACCGUGAACCCUAGCGGCACCAGCUCCACGGCGGCCGUCCCUACCGAGACCGGCAACAGCAGUGGCGACGCCACUAGUGCUACUAGCUCCACGGCCGGCUCUGAGACGACGUCGGCUUCCGAGAACGUCACUACCACUACCCGGGCUCAGCCUUCGGAGGUGAUUAUCACCGUGACUGUUUCUGACUCUGUCACGACUCGCACUGUAAGUUGCAAAAAGGCACCCCGCACAAGCAGCUUUGGAGUAUUAUGUCUAACCCUACUCCCUCUAGAUCACGGCCCCCACCACCAUCCCCACCGUCGUCAUCACUAUCGGCACGGACACGACGGCGCCCGUCACCACGAUCCUCGUCACAGAGGAGCCGGGCGCCACAGAGGAGCCGAGCGCCACGGCGGAGUCUUCCGUUACUACCGCCACCCAGAGCGCGGGUAGCGGCAACGGCAACGAGAGCGAGACUGUCGUGUCCUCCGUCUCUACCAUCUCCGCCGCGCCUACCGUCGUUACCAAGACCGUUGGUGGUGGCGAGGCUAUCACGAAAACCGUCAUUAGGACUAUCGGGGGUGGCGAGUCGGCGACGACCGUGACCGUCGGUAACGGCGAGGCCGUCACGAAGACCAUCAUCAGGACUAUCGGCGGCGGCGAGUCGGCGACGGCGACGGUCACCGUCCAGCCCGUCACCAGCACGGUCACCGUCGGCGGCAGCGAGCCUACGACCAAGACCGUGACUGUCGGCGGCGGCAACGGCGGCGAGGCCGUUACGAGCACGGUAACCGUCGGCGGUGGCGAUGCCGUUACGAGCACAGUGACCGUCAGUGGUGGCGAGGCUGUUACGAGCACGGUAACCGUC